AUGAGUCGCCUGAUAGCCUUCCUUGCCUUUGCUCUCAUCCUUGAAGGAGCUCUUGGUACUGGGGAGCUUGUGUGUGAGGAAUUGCCAUCUGGAAUGUGCUCUUUAGCCAUAGCGUCGUCUGGGAAAAGAUGUGUGUUGGAAACCCUCCAAACGGAUGGUGGGGAUGUGGAGCUACAGUGCAAGACUUCUGAGGUCAUAGCCAUGAAUGUGCCACCAGCAUACAUAGAGACUGACGAGUGCAUGAGCGCAUGUGGGCUUGAGAGGAAGUCUGUCGGCAUCUCCUCCGACUCGCUCCUCGAGACUCGCUUCGCCCUCCAACUCUGCUCUCCACAGUGUUACUAUAACUGCCCAAACAUUGUUGAUCUCUACCAAAACUUGGCUCUAGCAGAAGGAGUCUUUCUGGCUGACCUGUGCAAGUUUGAGCCAACAAGCUCUAGGCGUUCUGCCAUCCAGCUUCAGAGUUCAGGUGCAGCAGCAGGGAGUCCCGCUUAUGCUCCUACUUCAAGCACCACAGUUUCCUCUGAUGAUUGUGCUCCAUCACCUAUAUAA